GUUGAGGCGGACGCUCGCACGAGUUCGCGGAGAGUCCAAUGGGUUUGACGAAGCAGAGAAAGAAGACCUCCAUGCCUCCUUCCUCCGGUUCAAGGUGCCUGCAUCCGCAGACAUCCACAAGGAUGAUCUGGACGCGCUGCUGAACUUCAUUGGCCGCUGGGUCCCCCCGGAGGAAGCGAUCACCGAGAUGGCAAGGAAG